CCCAGGAGCCGGGCCUCGGGUGUGGUCGGGGCGUGACCCCGAGGGAGAGCGCGCGGGAGGCGGCCCCUGAGGCGCCCCGGGGUGUGAGGGCGAGCGGAUGUCCAGGGGACCGAGUCCCGCUGGGGACUUCAGCUGCCGGUCGCGGUUUCUACACGAGGACUCUUCUCUUGUUCGAAAGAAAAGCUCAAACGACAAGUUUCACCUGUUACAAAUCUCAAAGCCAUGUCUAAGCUUCUCGUGGAAGUACUGCAUGACAGAAAUGUAUGGACUUAAUUCAAAGAGAAAUAUACUACUUGAGUGAAUAUCUUACCUCGUCACUGAUUUGAGGUCUAAUCUGGAUCAGUGUCGUUCAAGGAUGUGACUGUGGACUUCACCCCGGAGGAGUGGCAACAAUUGGACCCCACCCAGAAGGCCCUGUAUAGGGAUGUGAUGUUGGAAAACUACUGCCACUUCAUGUCUGUGGGGUUUCAAAUAACUAAGCCUGAUAUGAUCCGCAAGUUGGAACAAGGAGAAGAACUCUGGACAGAGAAAUUUUUUCCAACUCAGAGAUACUUAGAAGAUGGGAAAGCUGAAGAUGUUUUGGUGAUAUUCAAAGAAUACCAAGACAGGCAUUCUAGAUCCAUUGUAUUCAUCAACAGAAAAGUGAAAGAGAGAAGUCAUACUUACAGUAGAACAAUUACACUAGAUAAGAACCAUGUCAUUUCAGAAACACUAUUUGAACAUAAACCUGAUGGAAAAGUUUUGAAAGAUAUUUCAGAAUUAAUUGUUAGAAAUAGAAGUCCUACAAGAGAGAGGUUUGGUGACAGUCAUGGUUGGGAGAAAUCAAUCCUGAAUGCCAAGACACAGAAAAUCCACCCUGUAGUGUCUCUCUGCAGGCAAGCGGAAGAGGAUGCCAGCGCUCGGCAUCGGGAGAUUCAGCCUCCAGAGCAACCACCCAAAAGCAAUACCUGUGACAAGUCCUUCCUUGUGAAAGGGAUGUCACUCACACAUCCUCGAGCUCACAGAGGAGAAAAAAUCCUAGACUACACAAGAGAUGAAAUCGCCUUCAUAGAAAAGUCAGACCUCAGUAUCCAUCCUCAUAAUCUUCUGGAAAAGAAACCCUCUACAUGCAAAUACGGGAAAUUCCUUUGUAGAAAGUCUGUUUUUAUUGUACAUCCAAAAUCUCAAAUGGAAGAAAAGCCCUUCCAAUGUCCUUACUGUGGGAACAGCUUUAGAAGGAAGUCAUACCUUAUUGAACAUCAGCGGAUUCACACUGGUGAGAAACCUUAUGUUUGCAGCCAAUGUGGAAAGGCCUUCCGUCAGAAGACAGCCCUGACUCUUCAUGAAAAAACACACAUAGAGGGGAAGCCCUAUCUUUGUAUUGACUGUGGGAAGUCCUUCCGCCAGAAAGCAACCCUCACUAGACAUCACAAAACACAUACAGGAGAAAAAGCCUAUGAAUGUACUCAGUGCGGAAGUGCCUUUAGAAAGAAGUCAUACCUCAUCGAUCACCAGAGAACUCACACAGGGGAGAAACCAUACCGGUGUAAUGAGUGUGGGAAAGCAUUUAUCCAGAAGACAACCCUCACUGUGCACCAGAGGACUCACACUGGGGAGAAGCCCUAUGUAUGUAAUGACUGUGGGAAGUCUUUCUGCCAAAAGACAACACUCACUCUCCAUCAGAGAAUUCAUACAGGGGAGAAGCCCUACCUUUGUAAUGAAUGUGGGAAGUCAUUCCGCCAGAAGGCAAUCCUUACUGUCCACCACACGAUACAUACAGGAGAAAAAUCCAAUGGCUGUCCCCAGUGUGGGAAGGCCUUUAGUAGGAAAUCAAACCUGAUUCGCCAUCAGAAAACUCACACAGGAGAGAAACCAUAUGAAUGUAAAGAAUGUGGGAAGUUCUUCAGUUGUAAAUCAAACCUCAUUGUCCACCAGAAAACUCACAAAAAAUUUUGAGAAUUUAGUAAGUGAUUGGCUUUUUUGUAAAACCAUUUUAUUUUUUUUUUCCUUUUUGUUUUUGUAAAACCAUUUUAAAUCAUAGUAAACUCUGUACUUGGUGUUGCCUAGAAUUGUAAUGACAGUCAGUGAUUAAAGGCAUAUAUAUCACAUUAACUAUUUACAAACCUAUAAUGCAAUAGUAUUAUAGUAUAAAUAAAUGACAAAAGAUGGCCAGGCAUAGAGGUGCACGCCGUUAAUCCUAGCACUGGGAGGCAGAGGUAGGAGGAUUGUUGUGAGUUCAAGGCCACCCUGAGACUAGAUAGUGAAUUCUAGUUCAACCUAGGCUACAGCGAGACCAUACCUUGA